AGAGCUUCGCGUAGAUAAAUCAUUGAGCUGUCCGCUGAGGCCCACCAGAACAUGCUGUGUGUAUGACUCACCUUGACUCAUGGCAUUGGCUAGGGCGUAGCCCUAGUUCCUAAGCUUUAUGUAAACCAUUUAAAGCGCGGGUCAUAACCUGCCGUCAAUAUCCUUAAGGACAGGAAACAAUACUCGUUGACCACAAACGUUCCGUGAGAAUGACAAAUACAAGGCCGAUCCGUAUCCGGCCAGAGACAAGAAACGAUGAGUCGGCAAUCAACGAAGUCACCUUAGCUGCUUUCAUGAACGCCGAGCACACCGACCACAACGAGCAAAUCAUCAUCCGCAACCUCCGCAACGCGAACCAACUAUCAAUCUCGCUGGUCGCAGAAGAUGAACGUACAAACAAUAUUUUGGGUCAUGUUGCCGUCUCACCUGUGAAAAUCUCAGACGGCAGUGAGAGUUGGUAUGGGCUCGGACCAAUCUCGGUUUUACCUCAGCAUCAAGGAAAUGGUAUUGGGUCCUUGCUCGUCGAACACAUAAUCACCGAUCUGCAAAGCCGUCAUGCAGCCGGGUGUGUUGUAUUAGGAAACCCCAAUUACUAUACACGGUUUGGUUUCAGAGCAGAACCAUCUCUGCAACUACCUGGAGUGCCCCAGGAAUAUUUUAUGGCUCUCACUUGGUGUCAGCCAACCCCUACCGGAACUGUAUCAUUCCACAAGGCUUUUGAGAAACCGGAAUGAGUGACUUGACGCGAGGGUGGACAAAAUAGAUUAUUGUACUAUGAGAAUUGGGAUGUACAUAAAGAGAAAUGAUCUAAAGGAGAUACAGCCGAAAGAAGUCUCCGGUUAGUUAGUUUAUUAAUGUGUAUAGGAAAACUCCUUGGUCCCCACAAUGUAUCCAUUACCUAAACAUGUGGUCGAAGCACCAGCAGAGAAGUAUAAUCGAAUCCUGCCCAAGCAGGAGUUUGUCAA